CAGAGAGGCCUCUGUGUGUGUGUGUGUGUGAGAGUGUGUGUGUGUGCAUGUGUGUGUCAGACUGCUCAACAGCAUCAUGGAGACAGAAUACUCUAAGAGGGUGUACCAAGGCGUUCGAGUCAAGCACACAGUCAAAGACCUGCUGGCGGAGAAGCGAUCCCGACAGACAAACGGCCCAGAACACCGUGGGGGAUCUCCCACGCCGCCUUCAUUUGUCCAGAUGCCAGGGUCUCACAUGCUGCCCAGCUACUACGGCAUGAGGCGUUCCUUCAUCUCGGACUCAGACUUCUGCUCGUCCACCAAGCAGUUCUCCCCUGACGUCUAUUCGCCCACACUGAGCGGCAAACCUCUGAGCUGCGAGCCCUCCACCAUGACCAGCUACUCCCCCUUCAUCGACAGCUACUACCCAGAGACCUUCGGCGACUACCGCAGCGCCGCCGCCUUCUCCAGCUCAGGAGGGUCUUUCCUGCCCUCAUCGGCCCUCUCGUCCCUGCUGCCCCCCUUCGGUGGAGAGUCGUCGCAUUUAUUCCUGAGGGACUCGUGGGAGCAGUCGGUUCCAGAGCCAGUACCCCAGGUGGACCCUCUGUGUGCGGACAGUAUGGCGUCCGUCAGCGUCCCGCCCUCCAUGCCCAGCCCAGAACCCCCGGGGAGCCCCUCGCAGUACCGCUCCCCGAGCCGAGGCUCCUCCAUGGGCCCCGUCCCCAGCAGCCAGCCCUACACCCUGCACCCCCUGGAGGACGCCCACUACCACCCGCUAACCACCAGCGGCUCCUACCCGGUCCCCUCCGCCUCCUUCCCCUGCCCCCCCUACAUGAGCACCCCCAUCAGCGACCUGGUGUCCAAGAUGGUGUCAGAGGAGGCGGCUGACGGCCACGUCGGCCUCCCUCCCAACGGCGAGGCCCCCUCCUCCUGGGCCAAGGAGGACGGAGUGAGCUCCUGGUCGCCGUACGAGAUCAGGAGGGCCUACUGACUGGGUGAAAGGUCACGGUUCAUAAGAAGACGGAGGUUUCACAGACAGUUUAACAAUGAACUCAACAAGCACCCGACAGUCGGAGAAAACAGCUGUGAAGUGUUUUGUUGAAGGGACAAAAUCAUUUUCAAAAAGAGGAUUUAAGUUCUGGGAUGUUUUUUUGAGGCGUCUGUUAAAGGUGCACGUAUAUUACAGUCUGAUCUGAUGGGAAAUUCCGACUUAUUUGUUAAAAAAUAAGAAAAAAAGUGUGUUUUUUGUUAUUUGUCUGAAAUGGAGUCACUAGUAUGAACUGAAGUUACACAUCGAGAGAAUUAAAACUUAAAAACAAACAAAAAAGAGGACAUAGUGAUGUCAUUAACCCUUUGACCUAAGAAAAUGUUGGUUUUUUUCUUGCAAAAUCACAGGGAACAAGGCGAGGUCCACUGAAAUCAGGUGCAUUUGUUGGUGUUUAAUAAUGUCUUUGUUGACAGAGUGAAGCUGCCAUGAAAGACAGUUUCAAGAGACAAAAGACACACAAACAGUAGGACAUGAAGGCUCCUUUAAUGCUUCUUUUUCUCAUUGGAAAACCAACUUGAUCGCAAAAAAUGUCAACCGUGCUGUUACAAUGCCUGUUGAAGGGUUAACCCUGUGAAACCUGAGCAAACUGGUUAAAUUACUUUAAAAAACAUGAGGAAAAAAGGCAACA